GGGAGAGGGAGAGGGUGAGGGAGAGGGAGAGGGAGAGGCAGGAAGGGAGCCACGAUGGGCAGGGAAUGGUCAGACUUGCUGGGUGAGUGUGAGGAGGAGGAGGCCACAGCCCAGCUCGAAAUAUGCAACGGAACUUGGUCUUUGUCUAUGGAACCUUAAGGCAAAAUGAGUUUAAUCAUAAAUGCUUGACAGAAGAAGAAAAUGGGAGGAGCAGGCUAAUAGACAUUGGUACUACAAAGGAGAAAUACCCAUUAGUAAUAGCAUCACGCUAUAACAUUCCCUACGCCUUGGCUGCUCCAGGAAAAGGAGAGUAUAUUGAAGGUGAAGUCUAUGAAGUUGAUGACAAAAUGCUUGCAACGCUUGACAAAUUGGAAGAUCAUCCUAGAUAUUAUGAAAGAAAGAUAAUAAAGGUUUUGCUGCAAAAGUCUAGGGAGGAAGUUGACUGCUGGAUAUAUUUACUGUUCAAGUACAAGCCACACAUGAUGGAGUUGCCCUUCCUUAAAGCAUACUCCUCAAGUGGUAACCAUGGAAAAUCGUAUUGUGCAAGGUAUUUGCGUCAGGGUCCCGAAGAAGAGUACUGGACUGAUGUGAAAUUUGUAGAGCCUACUUUUGAUUGUAUAUCAUAAAAUCUUGCUCCCUCAAUUUUGUAUUUAUGCCUCCAAUUAAAGUAGGCAAAAAUAUAUAAUUUAUUUUAUUAUUGAUAUAGGUAAUGAUUCAAUAAUAAUAAUAAAGAUACAACAAUAAUAAUAAUAAUUAAUGAUAUAAUAAUAAUAAAAUUUGCAUUAAUACAUUUUUGUACUAAACUGUACAGGUAAAGUAUUUAUCCACACAGUACAUAGCAACAGACAGAACUAGUAGCACAACAUUUGUGUAAAACCUCGGCAAAAGCAGCACCCUACAACUUCACAAGUUGUGUUGUGCAUCGCUCCUCAUGAGCUGUUAUUUCAACAAAAAGGAAUAGAAAAAAAUUUCAUAGACCUGCUACAUCUAGACCUAUUACAAAGUGUGUUGGUGAAUCUGUCUAAUUAAGUGCCAGCACUGGCACAGUCAUUCUCAUGCACCAUACUGAGACAGGGGACAGGGAACUUAAAGACUGCCAUGAGGAUAUUAAAUCCUUGAAGCCCAAGGUUGUUUUAUCCUCCAGGUUCACGGGUUCACUCGAUUUCCUCUUGGCCUUCAUUACCAACUCCUUAGUGUAUAUAACAUGUAUGAUUGUUAUGACAGCCAUUGACAGUCUUCCUGUCUCUGACAAAAUGAAUUACUAUUAAAAUUAUCGUGUCAUAAAAAUCAUCUAUCAUUACCAUACAAAAAUGUCUUCAGAUAACGUAAAGUUCCUUUGCUCAAAUUCCUAAACAUGCUGAACAUCAUUCCACACAUUCUCUUUUGUUAUUUGAAUUUUUAAAGCCCUAUACUGUAUUCCAAUACAAAUGCUGAUUUCAAAAUUGUAUUUUCUAUAUUCCUAUUGUUUAAAUCUACAGUAUAUUGUAUAACCUUGUCUUGCAAGUAUAGGAACCUAAAAUAAGCAACAAUACUUAAUGGAGUAAAGAACUGCAUAACAGUUACAGUACUUUCUGUAUUUCUUUGUUAUAAUAGCUUAACCUAUGGUUCCAUUUUUGUAAUCUACAGUAAAAUAUAUCAUGUGUACCCAAUAAUCUU